UUUUUUGAAAAUAACACAAUGCAUGGCAAUAAUGAGAGCAGUCAUGUAACACGCUCUUAGCAGCGUGUCCUGUCUUGGUGAAAGUAAUAGCUCGUCAUGGGAGAUAGAAGAGGAUAUGCGUAAACGGUAUCUUGACCAUUUCAACUAAGAAGGAGAAUUCAAGCGAAGACCAAGCUAGAGAUUUUAGUAAGGGGAUUAUCGCAAUUUAGGGUCUCCUCAUCGCAUCGGAGCGGUGAAGGCCUAGGUUCCACGGCGGCGGCGGUCCUUGCAAGUCUAGGUUUAUUGGCGGGCGGCGCUAUAGCUUUCUUGGUGUUUCAGUGUCCUGGAUUUUGCUAGUUUUUUCCUCAUCUGGAGGAAGGGGUGGAACGCGGGUGCAUUCGGGCUCAGAGGACAUUGGCGAAUCUCAAUUGCAGCACAUUGGAGAUGAUAUGGAUCUGGAGAUUGUUCGUGUUUGGACUGGUGGUGCUUGUGCGGUAUCUUGGCCCAGAGAAGGAGGCGAAUCAUGGGAAUAUCAAGGUGUUGAAUGAAGAAGAUGAAGUGAUGAAGAUCCGCCCACCUCCUGAACCGCCGCCAUGCCGAAAAGGGGUAAGGGAUCAGAACAUUGCGCUGGAAGAUUGGAUUCAGCCGCUCAAUAAGUUCAUCCUGCUUAAUUUCAUUCUCCCCAUUUUUAGACUUUUUACUAAUAAAUUCGUUGUUGUUGCUUUUUUUUUUUGCUUAUGGUAGUAGGUUUUUUACGUUAACCGAGGGUUCGGCUAGUUUUGAUAUUGUUAGUGGGGGACGAAUUUAUUUUUUCAGCAGUAGCUGUAUUAAGCCUGUCUGGUGGUUAACGAUUCAUAUUGCUCCUUUAGGGGUGGUCGUCUCUGUGUCUAAUCAUAGGGCUAAUAGUAGUAGUUGGAAGGUGAAGUGUGUUGUCAGUUUUGGUCACUUUGAGAUUAAUGUAACGAUCUUGAUUUUAAUGAUAUCAAUAUAGUUGAUUUCCU